AUGUGCUUUAGGGGUGAAGCUCAGAAACUAUUGGGCGACCUCACAGUUGAAUUAAGAUCAGAUUAUAAUAAGCUUAGGUCUAUCUUGACAAAGCGGUUCAAUCCACAAGAAUUGGUCAUAGCUCAUAGGUGUGAAUUCAGAUCACGUAGACGAAAACAAGGUGAAAGUCCUUCAGAUUAUGGGUAUGCUCUCAGAAGGUUAGGUUGUCUAGCAUUUCCUGAUAUGACUUAUGAUGACAGGGAAAUUAACAUUCUAGAACAGUUCAUCAAUGGCAUAGGCAAUUCGGCAAUUCAUGAUCAUGUUAUUUUUCACCAUCCUAAAACCUUAGAGGCUGCCAUUUCAUUAGCUAUUGAAUUUGAGUCUGUUAAGGGUCCACAAUUGUCUAUUGUCAAACCAGUUCAUUUUGGUGACAUUGUGAAUACAGUUCAGUCAAAGGGUGAAAGUGAAUCUAAGAAACAAGAAACCCUUAAAGAAAUGUCAGAGUUAAUGAAGUUAAUGCAGGCUUGUGUAGAUAAACUUUCAAAACUCAGACCACCAAGAGGGGGUAAGAGACACUCAGGGAACAUGACAUAUACAGAAUGUUACAAUUGUCAUAAUUUUGGGCACCUAGCCAGACACUGUCCAAACAAGAACAGUUCCACACCCACACAGAGAAACACUCAACAAACAGACAAACCUACAAAACAGGAAAACUAG